AGACUCAAUUUUCAUUGGCUGAGGAAAAUUUUCCUAGGCGUUUCCUAUAAGUACCAGCCGCAGCUGGAUAGACGUUUAAUUCGCCAGCAAACACCGCAACAGAACCUGAUUAUUCUUUCGUAGUCACACACAGUGUUUGUGUACACGUAAUAAAUAAUCAUGUCUUGGGAUACUGUCAACAAAACUGCUCUCGUCGACAGCUUCUACCACAAGUUGUUCACGACCCACCCGGAAUACCAGGACAAGUUCUCAUUCAAGGGAGUUGCUCUGGGAAGUCUUACAGGAAACGCCUCCUACAAAACACAGAGGGACAAGACCGUCGCCUACAUCAACGAUGCCGUCGCAGGCAAGGCUGACGCAGCUGGUCUGGCAGCCAGACAUAAGCCUCGCCAUGUUGGAGCAGCCGAAUUCUCUAACGCCAAGAAGUGUUUGGCUGAUGCGGCGGCAGAAAACCAUUGCAGCACGGACUUCGGAGGAGCCAUCGACGCCAUCAUCGGCCACUUGUAAACCGUAGUCCAAAGGACAGUUACGUGUAGUAUCCUAUGAGUAGAUUUCUCAAACAGCUGCAUCUUAAUUAAAUACCUAUAAAGUAGAAGGACUAUCGAGGAACGAGGCUUAUUGAAUCAUAUACUUCUAUGCUGAUAGUUUGUUGGCUCUGUCUCGUCCCGCAGUCGAUGCCUGCCCGCAAUCUUAGACAAACGUGCCGUUCAAAAACACAACUUGUGUAACCAUGAAUUGCGAUCUGGACAAACUCUGUGUUCCUAUUCGCCCUCGUUCAGUCAACAGGUUAAGGUUAUGAUGACAGGUGACUGAGAGAAGAGAGCCAACAUUACAGUAUGUCCUUUCGCUAGCUUAAAAUCACUGUGUCAGCGAUAACGUUUAAAGUCAAAUCAAAACAAAAUACCUGUAAGGCUGAGAGAAAACCUGACAGUAUACCACGAGCAGUGCUGGAAUAAGCUUGAAUGGGAUUAUACCAGUAGGCUUGAUGAUGUACAACCCAGUCUUGAUGAGUUGUGGUGAUAUUUUCCCAUAACAAUGUAAAAGUAGAUGCUUAAUUUCUAAAAUAUAUAAUUUUAUGAA